CUGACAGUCAUAGUUAAUUCGUUCCAACAUGGAGAAAUUUCACAGCUAGCCUGCGAGCUAGCUAAGUAGAUGAACAACAUUGAGAAAGACCUUGGUGGAUUGUACUCUACAUAGGAAAUGAAGUGUUCCGUAAUAUAGAUAAGAUAUCGGAAAAAAUAUGUUUCGUUUAAGAGUAAAUAUUAUGGGAUCGUCGUCUUCACAAAAGCUGUGUAUCCUGUACCUGCUACACCUGGGACAGAGAAUCCCUCAAUGUUUUCAACUGCCAUGGGUGAGACCUUACCUCAGACUUGGAACUAUCUGUAGUGUCACCACUGGACCUGAUUCAGCCACUCCUUGUAGUAUCUCUACCAUUGACCGUAUUGGACCCGAUUCAGCCACUCCUCCUACUCUGAAUACAUCAACCACAGACAGUAGCCAGCAGACAGCAACUACAGUCAGUAGCCCUGAGUCUGGCUCUGGCCCCAGUACCUCUGACUCCCCUCCUGCCAAGGCCAAUGGCCCUCCACCCACUCCCACCCACUGCUGUAUGAGCGGCUGUCAUAACUGUGUAUGGAUCGAGCACACAGAACAGCUCCUAGCCUACUACCAUAAUGGAGGGUUGGGGAUAGAAAAGGCCCUGGCUGCUAUUGAGGAGAACGUCCCGGAUGAGAACCUAAAAGCCUUCCUAAAGAUGGAGAUCAGGAUGAUGAAGAAGUCGAGUUUUUAAGUAUGGCUUUGUGCGGCAGUGAGUGAGAGGGAAUGGGGACAUUGAGGGCAUUUUUAUACUGUAUGCACUUUAAAAUCACUCACUCAGAUUUGAAUACUGUUGUGCAUUUUAUCGUAUGAGUUUGUCAAACUGUCAUUUUACUUGUUCAAGUACAUUUUAACUAGCUUUUGUCAUUAUAAAAUCUUCUUACUUACUAUAGAUUAGGUAUUUUACAUGAGUAGCAUAAAUCAUGUAUUAUCAUUUUAUGUACACCUUAGCCAAAUACAUUUAAACUCAGUUUUUCACAAUUUCUGACAUUUUAAUCCUAGUAAAAAUUCCCUGUCUUAGGUCCGUCAGGACGACCACUUUAUUUUAAGAAUGUGAAAUGUCUCAAUAAUAGUAGAGAUUAGAGAUCGACCGAUAAUGAUUUUUCAACGCCGAUAACGAUUAUUGGAGGACCAAAAAAAGACGGACGAUUCUUUUUUUUAAAUAUAUUUGUAAUAAUGACAAUUACAACAAUACUGAAUGAACACUUAUUUUAACUUAAUAUAAUACAUCAAUAAAAUCAAUUUAGCCUCAAAUAAAAUGAAACAUGUUCAAUUUGGUUUAAAUAAUGCAAAAACAAAGUGUUGGAGAAGAAAGUAAAAGUGCAAUAUGUGCCAUGUAAAAAAGCUAACGUUUAAGUUCCUUGCUCAGAACAUGAGAACAUAUGAAAGCUGGUGGUUCCUUUUAACAUGAGUCUUCAAUAUUCCCAGGUAAGAAAUUUUAGGUUGUAGUUAUUAUAGGAAUUAUAGGACAAUUUCUCUCUAUACGAUUCGUAUUUCAUAUACCUUUGACUAUUGGAUGUUCUUAUAGGCACUUUAGUAUUGCCAGUGUAACAGAAUAGCUUCCGUCCCUCUCCUCGCCCCUACCUGGGCUCGAACCAGGAACACAUCGACAACAUCUACCCUCGAAGCAGCGUUACCCAUCGCUCCACAAGAGCCGCAGCCCUUGCAGAGCAAGGGGAACAACCACUCCAAGUCUCAGAGCGAGUGACGUUUGAAACGCUAUUAGCGCGCACCCCUCUAACUAGCUAGCCAUUUCACAUCGGUUACACCAGCCUAAUCUCGGGAGUUGAUAGGCUUGAAGUCAUAAACAGCUCAAUGCUUGAAGCAUUGCGAAGAGCUGCUGGCAGAACGCACGAAAGUGCUGUUUGAAUGAAUGCUUACGAGCCUGCUGGUGCCUACCAUCGCUCAGUCAGACUGCUCUAUCAAAUCAUAGACUUAGUUAUAACAUAAUAACACACAGAAAUACGAGGCUUAGGUCAUUAAUAUGGUCGAAUCCGGAAACUAUUAUCUCGAAAACAAGAAGUUUAUUCUUUCAGUGAAAUACGGAACCGUUCUGUAUUUUAUCUAAUGGGUGGCAUCCAUAAGUCUAAAUAUUAUUGUUACAUUGCACAACCUUCAAUGUUAUGUCAUCGAUAUGUAAAAUUCUGGCAAAUUAGGCGGCCCAAACUGUUGCAUAUACCCUGACUCUGCGUGCAAUGAACGCAAGAGAAGUGACACAAUUUCACCUGGUUGACAUUGCCUGCUAACCUGGAUUUCUUUUAGCAAAUAUGCAGGUUUAGAAAUAUAUACUUCUGUGUAUUGAUUUUAAGAAAGGCAUUGAUGUUUAUGCUUAGGUACACAUUGGAGCAAGACAGUCCUUUUUCACGAAUACGCACCGCAUCGAUUAUAUGCAGCGCAGGACACGCUAGAUAAACUAGUAAUAUGAUCAACCAUGUGUAGUUAACUAGUGAUUAUGAUUGAUUGACUGUUUUUUAUAAGAUAAGUUUAAUGCUAGCUAGCAACUUACCUUGGCUUCUUACUGCAUUCGCGUAACAGGCAGUCUCCUCGUGGAGUGCAAUGUAAUCAGGUGGUUAGAGCGUUGGACUAGUUAACUGUAAGGUUGCAAGAUUAAAUCCCAGAGCUGACAAGGUAGAAAUCUGUCAUUCUGCCCCUGAACAAGGCAGUUAACCCACCGUUCCUAGGCCGUCAUUGAAAAUAAGAAUGUGUUCUUAACUGACUUGCCUAGUUAAAUAAAGGAUAAAUAAAGGUAUAAAUAAUAAUUAAAAAUUAAAAAAUCAGCGAAUACCGAUUUCCGAUUGUUAUGAAAACUUGAAAUCGGCCCUAAUUAAUCGGCCAUUCCGAUUAAUCUGUCGACCUCUAGUAGAGAUAAUGUUUUAUUUCUUUCAUCACAUUACCAGUGGGUGAUAAUUUUACAUACACUCAAUUUGUAUUUGGUAGCAUUGCCUUUAAAUUGUUUAACUUGGGACAAAUGAUUCGUGUAGCCUUCCACAAGCUUGACGCAAUAAGUUGGGUUAAUUUUGGCCCAUUCCUCCUGAUAGAGCUGGUGUAACUGAGUCAGUUUGUAGGCCUCCUUGCUCGCACAUGCUUUUUCAGUUCUGCCCACAAAUGUUCUAUGGGAUUGAGGUCAGGGCUUUGUGAUGGCCACUCCAAUACCUUGACUUUGUUGUCCUUUAAGCCAUUUUGCCACAACUUUGGAAGUAUGCUUGGGGUCAUUGUACAUUUAGAAGACCCAUUUGCGACCAAGAUUUAACUUCCUGACUGAUGUCUUGAUGUUGCUUCAAUAUAUCCGCAUAAUUUAGCUUCCUCAUGAUGCCAUCUAUUUUGUGAAGUGCACCAGUCCCUCCUGCAGCAAACCACCCCCCCCCCCCCC